AUAAGGACGGCAGCGGAACGUUAACUCGUGACGAGUUGCUCAUUGUGCUCGAGGGAAGUGGAAUGGUUGAAGCAAAAGCCGACAAGUUAAUGAGCAAGUUGGACCUCAAUGGGGAUGGCAUAAUUACGCUAGGAGAGUACAAAAUUGCGCUUAACAUAUCAAGUCAGCCUAUGGAUGCGUGGAAAGAGAUGUUUGAAGACCUUGACAAAGACGGAAGCGGAACCGUAACUGCCGACGAAUUGAAGGAGUUCCUUCGUCAAACGGGUUCCGAGAACUUGCAAGAGACCAUAGAUGAAUGGAUGGAAGACUAUGACACAAAUAAGGAUGGCAAACUAAGUUAUCAGGAAUUUUUGGGAUUCGUCGCAUCUCUUGAAUGCUGA